CUGCAGACAUUCAAUACUGCUGCACCUUGCAGAGAUGUGCAGGACCUGACUAACGGCGUUGCCAUGGCUCAGGUGCUUCACCAAAUAGAUGUUGCUUGGUUUGAUGCAUCUUGGCUAAAUCGCAUUAAAGAUGAUGUUGGUGACAACUGGAGAAUAAAGUCCAGCAAUCUGAAGAAGAUACUGCAAGGAAUUAUGGACUACUAUCAUGAGUUCUUGGAUCAGCAGAUCUCUGAAGAGCUUAUCCCAGACUUAAACCAGAUAUCCGAGAACUCGGAUCCCACGGAGCUGGGAAGGCUUCUGCAGCUUAUUCUAGGUUGUGCAGUCAACUGUGAAAGGAAACAAGAACACAUACAGAAUAUCAUGACCCUUGAGGAGUCUGUUCAGCAUGUUGUCAUGACAGCCAUUCAGGAGCUCAUGAGCAAGGAAGUAACAUGUCCUUCCACGUGUGAUGCAUCAAGUGAAAUGGAACAGCAGCUUAAGAGAGCUCUGGAAGAUCUUCAGGAGGCACUAGCAGAAAAAGAAGAGUUGGCACAAAGAUGUCAGGAGUUAGAUUUACAGGUGGCUGCCCUCCAGGAUGAAAAAAACAACUUGAUGUCAGAAAAUGAGAUUAUGAAUGACAGGCUAGAGCAAUUAGAUGACUCUCUUGAUGAUCCAAAUACUGUGGUUGCGAAGAAGUAUUUUAAUGCACAGUUGCAGCUGGAACAGUUGCAAGAAGAAAACUUCAGGCUUGAAGCUGCAAAAGAUGAUUAUAGAGUCCAUUGUGAAGAUCUAGAAAAACAAUUGAUUGAACUGCAACACAGAAACAAUGAACUGACCUCUCUGGCAGAAGAAUCUAGAGCCUUGAAAGAUGAAAAUGAUAUUCUUAGGAGUACUGCAGACAAGGCAAGUAAGCUGGAAGCCACUGUCGAGGUGUAUCGGAAGAAGCUGCAGGAUCUCAAUGACUUCCGCAGACAGGUCAAGUCGCUGCAGGAGACCAACAUGAUGUACAUGCACAACACAGUGAGUCUGGAGGAUGAGCUGAAGAAAGCCAACGCAGCACGUGCCCAGCUAGAAACCUACAAAAGACAGGUCCAAGAGCUUCAUAACAAACUGUCUGAAGAAUCAAAAAGAGCUGAUAAAUUAGCAUUUGAAAUGAAGAGAUUUGAAGAAAAACAUGAAACUUUAAUCAAAGAAAAAGAGAGACUGAUAGUGCAGUGUGAUGCACUGAAAGAGACAAAUGAAGAGCUCCGGUGUUCUCAGAUGCAGCAGGAUCACCUGAGCCAAACAGGUGGAUCACGCCAUGAGAAUCUUGCUGCUGAAAUUCUGCCAGUGGAAUAUAGGGAAAUGUUUAUUCGGCUGCAGCAUGAGAACAAGAUGCUCCUGUUAAAACAGGAAGGGUCAGAGAACGAACGUAUUGCAGAGCUCCAGGAGCAGCUGGAGCAGAAGCAUCGGACAGUGAACGAACUGGAAACUGAGAAAAGGCUAAACGAAGAGCGGAUUGGGGGAUUGCAGCAGCAGAUUGAAGAUCUGCAAAAGACCUUACAGGAGCAGGGAUCCAAGACUGAAGGAUCCAGCAACCUGAAGCAGAAAUUGGCAGCACACAUGGAGAAGUUGAAUGAAGUUCAUGAUGAGUUACAGAAGAAAGAGGCUGAUCUGGCAGAGCUCCAACCUGAUGAAAGUCAGAACCCCCAGAAGAUUGGGGAGCUGGAAGCAGCUUUACGAAAAAAAGAUGAGGAUAUGAAAGCAAUGGAAGAGAGAUAUAAAAUGUACCUUGAAAAAGCAAGAAAUGUCAUAAAAACCUUAGACCCCAAGCUCAAUCCAGCAUCAGCAGAAAUCAUGUUGCUCAGAAAACAGCUAAUGGAAAAAGACAAAAAAAUUGAAGCACUAGAGAAUGAAUACAAACUUGCUAAGUUACGUGAUUAUGAGGAAAAGCUGAUCGUAACUGCAUGGUAUAACAAGAGCCUGACUCUCCAGAAGAUGGGUAUGGAAGCAAGGCUGGUUGGCAGCAGUGGUGCCUGCAGGGAUGGGCCUGGACGCUCCUUCCUGGCCCAACAGCGUCACGUCACCAACACCAGGAGGAAUCUCACUGUCAAAGUCCCAGGUGCAACAUCUGAUUAAACCACAAGGACCAUGAGGAAAACUUACAUGAUAAAGUGUCCUUAAAUGUUUUAUAGCUUCCACUUUACCUGAUGAAAGAGGAGGUUAGAACUGUG